AUUCAGAGGGUUUUGGGUGAUCCAUAUUACACAAGACAGAGAUCAGAUUGAGAUUCAGAUUGAGAUUGAGAUGAGAACACCAAUCACACAUCAUCAACAAAACCCAACCAUUUUCAAAAUGCCUUCCGUCUAAAAUCAACUUCUUCUUCUUCUUUUUCUUCUUCUUAAUAAUGGAAACCUAGUACUGUAUGUGUUCUUUUUCUCCAUUUUGUGAAAGCUUUGAAAAUUCUCUGAUAAUUCUUUCCCGAUCUCACAUUUGCCUCCAAAUUCCAAAAAUUUGCCGAAAUUUCGAUUCUGCGGUGCCUCAUAGUGUUGAUCUUUGGGCAACAGGUGAUCAUUAUGUUUGAGCUUUUAGCGGGUUUUGUCUGAGAGACACAACAUCUUUUUCUUUCUUGAGGAUUUUGAGCUGCAAGGUUUAUCCUUUGGGGGUUGGGAUGACGUUGCUUGAUGAUGAAGUUGUGUGAUUUUGUUUAGUGGUUCUGAUUCAUGAAAUUUUCAGCUCGUGAACAAAGCUUUCCUCUGAUAUAUCUACCUUUUCUCAUAAUCCACGUGUUGUUUCAUUUCAUGUUUUGCCUCUCUGUUUUUCCUUUUGUUUGAUCUUCAUCUAUUCGUGAAUUCUGGUUUGUAUGCUUUGAUCUGUGGUUUUGCGGGUAAUUUAACGUCCUUGUGUUAUUUUUGGCGGGUGAAUUGCUUGUUUUCUUAGAUCCGUCUUCUUCCGAGAAUUUAUAUCGCUUUUGUGAUGUUGGUUGGAAUUCUUCUGUUUAGUUCUCUUUUCAUGAACGUGUCUUGAAUCUGGUCGCGUUUGGAAACCCCUUCUUUCACUGAUAAUUUCAUUUUCUUUUUAGUCCGUACACACACACACACACUGUCUCCGCAGAGAAGUAAAAACUAUAUGUUGCUCCGAGCUGAGUUAUUUUGUGUCUUCGUCAUAAUCAUUUUACUUUGUUUACUCAUUUGUACAAAGGGGUUAUGUUUUAGUGUUUUGCACUUAUCUUCCAUUUGAUGAGAUUUAUAUGAGUACUUUAUUUGUUAACCUUUUAUCAUAAAGUUUGGAGAGACACACUUGGAUUAUUGUUGCGCAACAAAUUUGAUUAUGUGAAAGAUGUUCUUUUGAAAUUGGAGUUGUGAUCUGAUCCUUUAUUUUAGCCAAUCUAGUUUUUCACCUUGUUGGGAUGCACCCACCAGAUACCCUGAUAACCAAUCCAAGCAUUGGUGUAGGGGAAGAUUAGUAUCUGAGUCGUCACAUAUGAAAGUUUACUUUGACAGGCUUUUCAGUUGAGGCUGGUGUGAUCAAGAUCAAGCAACACACAAAGAUUGCUAUUGUUUGACAAUGGAUAUUUGGUUGCUGAGAUUGUGCAUUUGAUAGAUACAUAUUUGGCAUGGUUCCUUAGAUAUGGUGUUAGAGAGGAGGCUAGACUAUGAUUUUAAUGGCCACCAAGUGCAAGUCAAGCGCCGAGCUCGUUCAGCUAGGAGGAGGGCUAAAUUUCAAAGAAGGGUGGAAGAUAAUCAAAUGUGUGCUUUUGACUUAUUGGCAACUGUAGCUGGCAAGUUGUUCUUGCAAGAGAAAGAGCAUCCACUCACAUCUGGGGAUAAAUCUUCGGAAAAGAUUCAGCAAGGGUUUGUUAAAGAAGAGUGCCGGGAUGCAAGUGAAGCAUUCAAAACUGAGCUUUCCAACGAGGGUUGUCACAGAAGAUGUGAGCAUGGAUUUGUUAAAGAUGAUUCCAAGAAUGCAGAUAAGCCAUUCAAAGCCGAGCUUUAUGUUGAAGGAAGUAGUGACAUAAAAUGCUUGUCAAAUUCAGAAGUACAAAGUGAAAAUUGCCAUUUUAAGGAACACUCACAUCCUAAAAUUGAUGGCAAUUCACAUGUUGCUUCAAUGGUGGCCAAUUCCAGUUGCUUGGAGAGGCUUGGUGCUGAGAGAUUGGCGGAUGGCAAAAACCAUAAUGAAGUGGGAAAUCUUAGUAGCAAAGUUGAAUUAGGUCUUAGUAGCAAAGUUGAAUUAGGUUCUUCUGGAAGUCCAUAUACUAUUGGAUGCAACUUAGGUGGUGAUGUAACUAAAGUAAAGGAUGAGCUGCAUAAGUUUGCUAAGGCACCAGUUGUUACUUCAACUGAGAUGCGGUGCUUGGACGAUCCCGUGGGUGAAAGGUCUCCUGUGCAGUUAAGUUCAGGUGGCAAUGCCAAGUUGUCUGGGUGUGUUGACAACAUGCCUUAUAGCACAUUGUCUGAAGGUUAUGACAAUGUGCCUGUAGUUAGUAGAGAUGAUGACGAAAACUUUUCAGGGUGUGAUAACCCUUCUUUAGAAACAAAGUCCUUUAGGCCAAUUAGUCAUAUAGGUGAUCAGAGUAUAAGGAAAACAUUGGCAGCUAAAUACUGUAAAGUUGCCCAACAGUCAAAACAUGAUACACUUUCUAAUAGUGGUGAGUUCAUGCUUAUUUAUGUAAUUACUUGCUUUCUUGUAUCUCAUGCUUUUUGUUCUUGUUCACUAAUCUGUUUUUCAAUUGGAAACAUAUUAGUUGAGGUUGUGAAUGGAAAUUUGAACGAAACUUACACCAGUAGGAAGAACUUUUAUAAACGCCAAAGAUCUGAAAUGAAUAUUCCUUUCAAAAAGAGGAAAAUUUUCAACUGUGGCUCUUUCUCAAAUUCCAAUGAACUUGUCAGAAGUGGUGGCACUUAUGACAAGAAAAAUGGUGCUUCUAGUACAUCUCAUGGGACGCACAAAGACACUGGAAUGUCUUCCCUAGGAGCACAUCAGUACUCUUCAUUAGGAUCUAAAGAUUCUCAUGUGAACCUUAGGAUCAAAUCGUUUAGAGUGCCUGAGCUUUUCAUUGAGAUACCGGAAACUGCAACCAUUGAGUCCUUGAAGAGGUCAGUGAUGGAGGCAGUGACUGCUGUACUUGGAGGUGGAUUGCGUGUCGGUGUGAUUCUCCAUGGGAAAAAGGUUAGGGAUGAUAGUAAAACUCUACUUCAAGCAGGAAUUUCUCAUGAUAAACAGCUGGAUGCUUUGGGCUUUACCCUGGAGCCUAUUUCUUCUCAAAGUCCAACACCUGUAUGUGCUGCAGAUUCUCGCCAUGUUCCUACUGUAGACAAGCCUCAGCCGUUACCAAGGUACCCUUCUAGUGCAGCAAUUCAUCAAAGAAAUCAGAGCUGUUCUGAUGUGUUCCCCGAGCAUCGGGUAACCAGUUUAGGUAACCUUGUUGAAAGUGAUCAAGAUUCAGCACUUUCUCCUGUCAACACAGCAGUUUAUAAAAGACUAGCAGAUUCAAGAGCUUUGGUUACUGUUCCAGAGAUGGGCGUGCAAGCACUAUCUCUGCUACCUGUGCCGCAGAAGUCAAAAAGACCCGAGACUGUGCAGCGCCGAAUUCGUAGACCUUUUUCUGUUGCUGAGGUGGAAGCUCUGGUUCAAGCAGUUGAGAAACUGGGAACUGGAAGGUGGCGUGAUGUUAAACUUAGAGCUUUUGAUAAUGCAAAACACCGGACAUAUGUCGAUUUGAAGGACAAAUGGAAAACCCUGGUACACACGGCAAGAAUAUCCCCUCAGCAAAGAAGGGGAGAGCCUGUUCCACAAGAACUUUUGGAUAGGGUCCUAACUGCUCAUGCUUUUUGGUCCCAGCACCAAACUAAACAACAGCUCAACAAGCAGCACCAACAACAACAACAUCAGCAGCAACCACAAACUUGCCUUCUCCUUCAAUAAAUUUACAUAGGAGGUUGACACUUACUCUACAGACAGCACUAUGUGGCUUUUGUAAAUGGGGGUGGGGUGUUUAGACUUUCUGACCCUUUUGUUAUUGUUAGAGUACCCAUAACUUCUUUAUAUGUAUUAUGAUGACAUAUUUGUUUGUCACUUUAUCAUGUAAAAAAAAAAUUAUAUAUAUGAUAACAUGGAAGAAAGUGAAGCCGAGAGAGAAUAUGUGUUUACAUUCUCUUCUGUUUACACCUUGGUUCUUUCCCUUUAGGGAGAGGUUGCUUCUUGUAAAUGGGUGAUGCAAUAAAGAUCUUGCUGAUGCAAUUCUUUUGA